GCUGAGAUUCUCUGUAGCGAAACACUCCGGCUUGAAGAACAGAGCACCAGACCACACACACUAUAGCUUCACAUCACUUUCAGGUAAAAUGGAUUCCUUUAGAGGGCUUAUAGAGCUACGAGGUAACCAGGGCAGAGAGGGAGAAGAGGAGGGGGUUAUAUCUGUAGAGCCUGUUGCGAUGAUAGUGCCGCCGGUGCUGCAAGACCUGCUGGAAACGUUAACGCCUGAGAACAGCGCCAGUUCAAGCGCUAGGGACGACGGUGGCGACCACCACGCCUCACCGUCUAGCAGCUCGUCAUCUAAAGAGACACCCAGCCGCGAGGGAGAGACGGGGAAUGUGGUUGGCUGUGAACGAAAUUUACCCGUGGUUGAAGAAUGGGAAAAUAGGGUAAUAACGGGCAGAUUGAGCAACCUAUGUAAGGCGCCCAAGGAGUUGCCAUCUGGAUUUAGGUUCAGGGCGGCGCUUCACCACGAAGUGGCAGAUAGUGCGCCCUCGAUAAGUGGAUAUAGAAAACUGGAGGAGAUGAUACCAGUGUACGUGGAUCAUUUUAAGGCCAGCUUGCGAUUUCCCCUGCCCGGGCUAAUAUUCGACCUACUAGCAGACUACGAGCUGGCUCUGACGCAGCUGAUGCCCAACAGCAUAAGGUUCAUCAUAGGCUUUAUGCUGUUGUGUGAAAGGUUGGAGGUGCCGGCCAAGGCGAUAGUGUUCAGGUCGCUGUUUCAAUGCCGGCUGUGUCCCAACUCCCGAGGUGCCAAGUGGUAUUACCUCUCCAGGAGAGAGAAGAGCCAGCUGUUCAAGAACGUGAGGAACAAAGUAGCGAGGUGGAAGAGGCAGUUCAUUUUUGUUCGCAACAUGCGUAUAGAAAGAAUAAGCAACAACCUCGCUGCUCGGCUAUUUGAAUGGCGUGUGCCGAAUGCACAUGUCAAUUACCCUCAGCUGCUGCCUCAGGACACGGAUAUAAAGAAUCAGCUGCUAGAAUACACGCGGAGGGAAAAUUUGAUAGAUAUAGAGGCCCUGGUUACCUCGGAGCAGCUCGCGGUGUUCGGGUUUAUCGACGUGGCAAACCUGUUCACAGAAGGUGAAAUGAGCAACAUACUGGAACGCCAGCGCCAGCAAGCCCAGGGCUCCCGAGGUCAUGCAGCAGGCAGCAGGUCGCAAAGACAAACACAAUUCGAUGAGCGACCGCCUCCAGCGCCACAAUCUCGCAACUUGUCACAUCGUAGUUCCAGCUCGGCGUCUAGGCCUCGCGCCGAGCAGAGGGUUGAAGUUGUGGCCCCUAGUGCACGUAGGCGUGCACGUGAGGAGACUGACAGCGAAGAUGAGGUCCCCCUCACGAGGCGCAGAACAAGCGUGGGGGCUUGGCCCGCGCAGGUGGCUCAAACUGCUGCCGCACGCUCAUCAGACGCGCCAUCAGCCACGACGCAGGCAGUAGGGGAGCCCGCAUCUGCGUCGGCCUCAGUUUCGGCGCCCCAGUUCGCGUUUCCGGACGGCUUCAGCUAUGUGAAGCCUGACUGCCAGCCCGCCAUGGUGCAAGGCAUGCAAAGUUCUUUGCCUCCCGUAGAUCGUCAGCGGGCAAGGACUUUUGUGCAGCAGCAUGGUGGGCAGGUUGCCAUGGUCAAGCUGAUGGACGCAUUCAGCUACGCGGUGGCGCUAUUCGAGAGCGAGCAGGCGGCUCGCUCUCAGAAUAAUGAGCUCAGCGCCAAUUGUAAACAGUUGGCAGUGGAAAAGGCCAGCCUUGUGGAUGAUGUCAAUCGUCUGCAAGGCUCGGAGAUGGCCAAUCGAGCUAUUGCAGCGAAGAGCCGAGCCGACGAGCUCGUGAAUAGAAAUAAUGAGCUCAGGGAAGAGCUGGAGCGAGCCCGCACCGAAAAAGAAAGCGAGAUCCAAGCGACGAAGGAUGAGGCCGCCUGUGUUGAAGAACGGGCCAAGAAGGCCGAGGCCGAGAGGGACCAUGCUCUAAACGAGCUGAGCUCCCUAAGGCGACAAACAUCUCACAGGCGCUCUAUAAGCAUGGCCCGAGCUCAAGGGGCAGAGUGGCUGGUGGCCUCAGCCGUGUUCCAAGACGCUGUGGCCGUGGUGUCUACAAACAUGACCACGGAGAUCUACAAUGAGAUCCGUGGGAAGGUGCUGCACCAUCGCCCGGACUUCCCCAUCCACGAGCUGGCGUUUUUUGACGGGGAGGACAUCGAUGAGCAGGGUAAGAGCCUUGCUCCCCUUGUUGACACGACGGUGCGGUUGAGAUGUGAUCUCAACGAGGAGGGUGUACCUGUCUGGCCGCCCUCAGAGCCAUCAAGCACGCCACCAAACUCUCAGCCUACCGUGGUCUCGGCGAGGUCGCCCGCCAAUGCACCAGCUCCCGAGCCCGCAGCUCGCACACCUCCAGCUUGCUCCUUUCCUCUCGCCGCUGACGCAUCCAUGCCCGUCGAUUUGAUGGAUGAUUAGGCUUAGGAUUUUUCCUUUUUUGAGCUUUUGUAUUUUUUGUUUCUUUUCCUGCAAUUGUAUGAUAAUCUCCUGUACUAAAACUUGCAAUUUUUUGAAAAGAAAUAGAAAGUUGGAGAUUAUAUCAAAUUGUUCUUUGUUACUGUAUUGUAUGUAUGGUUUACAUUUCCUCGAACAAAUCCCUCACUAACAU